AUGCAUGCAUGUGAACAUGAGGAAGAAAGGAAAGAAGAUGACUUCUGCCGAGAAACUGCCCUAAGUCCAAACACUGAGUUAAGCCAACCUCCUCCUUUGCUUCCCUGCACAAAUCCUGGCAAUCUGGUGUUUUCUCAUAUGCUGAACCCCAAAACACUCAUGACCAAUGGUUCUUUGACAAAGCCUCAAGUUUUACUUAAAACAACUUCAAGUGAAUAUGGUGCUGUUCCACCUAUCUCACAGGUGGUACCCCGUACUUAUCACCCAGUGGAUCAAACCUUUUCAAAACACUUACUCACUUGUGGGUCAUUUCAAGGUAGUUAUUUAAACACCACCACUGACAGAAGUGGUACUGGUGACUACCCCAAUUUACAGCAUAGUCUGUAAAAAUGCAUCUCUAUUUUUUUGUCAUAGGGUUAGACUAGAUACUUAGCUUUAAGAAAACUAAUCUGUUAUUUCAGUCAUUCUGGGAAUAACUGUCAAUAUCUGAUUUAUUUUUGUUUUGAUGGGUUGAAUAAGAUGUAUCAAAAAAACACGUAGCCCAUUUGAUGAUACACUUCUCUCAAUCAGGCCUGAACACAUAAAAAUAAAACUUUUGAAACCGGUAUCAUAACUGCAGAACUGUAAUUUUAUAGAAAGAGUUAAGUGCAAGAGACCUCAACCUGAGGGUUAUUUGUUAAAUUGAAGUAUUUUCUGGUUUUAAAACUUAGUCAAUCUCCACAUUCCUACAUCUCAGGACACUAAUACCAACACAAAGCAUGACUUUGAUAACGAUGUCCACACCAUUGGCUUAGCUAUUGAAGUCAGAAGUGGAACAUCCAUAUGCUCCCAAUAUAAUCAGAUGAAACAGACAGAUACUGCUCACACCACCAAGCACUAUUUGCUUCCCUAACCUUUAAAGAGGGCAUUGUUUCUAUUUCAUAGCAGUAGAACAAGGUGCCUCUCUAUAACGAAUCACUACAAUACAAACAGCCUACACAGAUGUAUACAGGUUGUUCUAACAGGCUCUGAAAGCAAAGCAGAAAACGUGGAACUUUGAACCAGCACCUGCUUCUUUGCAUUUUCUUUUUCCCAUUGCCGCUGUCUCUCCUCGUUAGCCCCCACUUACCCUCAGAAAACAGCCCUAUUUUGGCAAGUGUGCCACUACACUCAACUGAGCCACUAAGGCUCCUACACUGCCGUCCUAUAAUUGCUAUAAAUAAAGUAUUCUCACCUCCUU